AUGAAAAGCACAGUCUCAGGGGCUGCUGCGCAUGAUGCAGGAGUCUCAAAAAGGUGUGGCGCAAGAGAUGAAGUCCAUCAGGACCAUGGUUGGGCUAGCAAGGUCAUGUGGAUGUUAGCUGAAGCAUGUCACGAUUACCGCUCUAAGUACUCGCACUCGUGAUUGUCUGUGGUGGUGAACAAGAACCACUCCUAAUUGUGCGUGAAGGGCGAUUAGCGAUUGGAGCUUUGAAUUGCCAAGUAGCGCCGUGGCAGCGGACAUGAUCCGUGGCUACUUUUGGAUAUACUUGAUAGUCUAUCACUCGGUCCAAUUGCUCUUCUUUUUCGAAGGUACAAUUAGGCUGAAUUACCUCGAAGCUUUUUGACCACGUAGCUUAAGAGGGCACAUGACAUGACAUGACGCUGUUUUUUAUAGGUCUACUCUUCGCUUAAUACGCUUCACCUACACACAGACUCACCAUCUUCAUCACUCGAGGAUUCUCCUAUGGCUACUAGGGCUAUGUUGCAGGUACACCGAUUUUAUCCAAUGAAAAUGUCGUAUUCAUCAUGAUCUUCAUUCUCAGUAUGCUGGUCUCCUUGUUAGAGCAACGCCGUCUAGUCCAUUGAUUCUUGUAUUUUUAAUUCUCGGCAGCUAGUUGUAGACCACUAGUAGAUGCCAUGAUGUUGAUGCACGAUCGCUCUUUUUUUGACAAGGUUGCAGACAAGGGAGAUUGAUUUCAUACCUAUCACACCUACGCGUUCCUCUCCACUAGUACUAUGUUGAUAACGAGGUGAGGCUUGACGAGACGUUAUCCUGUGCAAGAAGCUAAUUAUAGUGACAUACACCGCAGUAAUACCCGGGACGCCUCCUCCUGCUCAUGUUUUUGUUUUCAAUGAUA